AUGUUAAAGGUGUGGCAGUCAACAAAUGUGUUUAGCAUGUUUAACGUUAAGGAAUCUUUGUUGAAGAUUCUACCAAGUAAAUCAACACGAAAGUCUACAUUUUAUUUUACCGGAUUCGAUAUUGGUGGCGGAAUAUCUUUGUACAAAGAAGAUUACACUUCUUACGUCCUUGCUCUUCCAAGAGAAAAUUAUAUUGACCUUUGGAAACUGAAUAUUGGAUACCUGAAAGUGAGCGGUGCAUACGUGUAG